CUAGUAGACACGGUGUAAGCGCAAGAUAGGGAGGGGGGCGGAUUUCAGGAGCUCCAACACAAACGUGUCCUUACACCACAGGAAUGAAGCAAACCAAACGGACGCGUAGCACACAGUUAUUUUGCAUAACUUAACGGCUGAUUAUCUAAAUCCACGUCUUUUUUGUUUCUCACAGACUGAACAGGGAAAGUUUUAUAUCUGAGGAGGAAUACCUUCCAACGAACGGAACGCAUCAUCCGCAAACAGUCACACCUUCGCCUCAGUAUCUGAGUGCGUUGAGGAGAUCGGGUCUGCUUUCGGACUGCAUUUUCUUGUUUGUUUAUUUUUGGGGGGUGAGGGACAAGUCCCUUAAAGAUUCCAGAGAAUGGUAAAUGAUCGAUGGAAAAUCAUGAACAGUGUUUCAGAACUCGAGGAUGGACAGCAGCACAAAUCGCAGAGGAUGAGCUGUAGCUAUCUCCUAUGCACCAUCCUGCUCUUUGUUGCCGUGUUACUGGCUGUCACAGUAACUGGGAUCAUCCUUCUGAUGAACCAUUACCAAGCGCCCAGUGGCCCUGAUGGCCCCCCACUCAUCAGUACUAACCAGGAUGAGGGUAAUGCCCUGGUAACCAUCGAGAGAGGCGACGGCUCCCGCAUCAACAUCUUCAUUGACCCCAACUGUCCCGACUACAACAAUAACUUCCUGCGUCUGGAAGGCGUGCAGACCUCAUUGCUGCACUCGCUCACUGACCAUGACACUGAUCUGAAGUCAGUGAAAGGCCAAGACCGGGCUUUGCUUGUUAAACUGGCAGAGGAGGUUGCCAAGCUGUCCGCCCAUGCCAAUCAGCUGAAGAUGGAGUACAACGCACUGAGACAAGGCCAGGGCAACAUCGGACAGGAGCUCAGCACUCUGCAGACCGAACAGGGCCGGCUUAUUCAGCUGCUGUCGGAGAGCCAGAUCAACAUGGUGAAAGUGGUGAACUCUGUGAGCGACGCGCUUAGCUCCAUGCAGAAGGAAACCGGAAACAUCAAGAGCCGUCUCAAGGCAGAUCUGCAGAGGGCUCCGGUGCACAGCGUCCGGCCCAAGGGCUGCGCCAUUGGAGAAGGUUCCAGACCCAGGGAUUGCAGUGACAUCUAUGCCAGCGGGCAAAGAGAGGAUGGUAUCUACUCCGUGUUCCCCACACAUUACCCAGAAGGCUUCCAGGUCUUCUGUGACAUGACUACUGAUGGGGGCGGAUGGACGGUGAUUCAGCGCAGAGAGGAUGGCUCUGUUAACUUUUUCCGUGACUGGGAAGCUUAUCGUGAAGGAUUUGGCAAGAUAACAGGAGAGCAUUGGCUUGGCAUGAAACGAAUCCAUGCACUUACCAUUCAAGCCAACUAUGAGCUGAGGAUUGACCUGGAGGACUUCGAGAACAGUACCUCCUUUGCAAAGUAUGGUUCUUUUGGAGUGGGUUUGUUCUCUGUUGACCCCGAUGAGGAUGGCUACCCACUGAGCAUCGCAGACUACUCUGGCACAGCAGGCGACUCGCUGCUUAAACACAAUGGGAUGAAAUUCACCACUAAGGACAAGGACAACGAUCACUCUGAGAAUAACUGCGCGUCCUUCUACCACGGCGCCUGGUGGUACCGCAACUGCCACACCUCCAACCUCAACGGACAAUACCUGCGUGGCCAACACACCUCGUAUGCCGACGGCAUUGAGUGGUCGUCCUGGACGGGUUGGCAGUAUUCACUGAAGUUCACCGAGAUGAAGAUUAGGCCAACCAAGGAGGAGAAUAAAUGAGUGAGGACUAGAAAACUAGACUAGAAGAGCUCAAAGAUGGCUGUAGGUGUUAGAGACACUCAAUGCGGAAACGCAAGAACUUUCCGGCGACAACCUCUUUCUCAUGUUUCUGUUUCUAUUCAUCUUUCAAUUCCUGUUUUCCUGCCAUCUUGUAGUGUUUGUGCUAAUGGGCCGAUGUUUUUCUCUUGAUCUAUUGUUCACAUCUCUGAAUAUUAUUAUGAAACAUUGCAGGUAUUGUCAAAAAUGUACUGAUGAAAAAAAUCGAUAGUUGUUGUCUAAAAAAAGAAAAAUGAAAAACAAACAAACAAAUUACUUCUGUAGCUGUGAAAUUUAGCAAGAACGUGUAGCUUUUCAUAAAAAUAAAGACUUUUAACUCUUCAGACAUCCAA